GUGCGGUUGCCGUGGAGAUGAGGCCUGCGGCGGACUCUGAAACGGAGGUUUAUCGAUGUUCGCAGGAGCGCCUGAGCGGAGCCGGUGUUUAAACCAGCGGAAGGCACAGCAACUGGUAAUCGAGGCUCCUCGCUCCAAGCCCAGGAUGGUCAGGGAGCGCGGCUUCGGGGCUCAGGGCCUUCUCUUGCUGGUUACAGCGUUGUCCUUCCUCAGCCGUUUCUACCGCCUGGCAGAGCCCGGACAUGUAUGUUGGGAUGAAACUCACUUUGGAAAAAUGGGAAGUUACUAUAUUAACCAAACGUUUUUUUUUGAUGUUCAUCCUCCACUAGGCAAGAUGUUAAUUGGAUUGGCAGGAUAUCUGACUGGUUAUGACGGUACUUUCCCAUUUAAAAAACCUGGAGACAAGUAUGACCACCACCAUUACUAUGGCAUGCGAGCGCUCUGUGCAACCCUUGGGUCCUUCCUGGUUCCUUUUGCAUAUCUCAUCGUAUUGGAGCUGUCUGGUUCACUCACUGCUGCACUACUUGCUGCUGUUCUCCUGAUCUUUGAUACUGGCUGUAUUACUAUUUCGCAGUAUAUCCUGUUGGAUCCAAUUCUGAUGUUUUUUAUUCUGGGAGCAGUGUUGAGCAUGCUCAAGUUCAAUGCUGUGAAAGACAGGCCUUUUUCUCUAACUUGGUGGAAGUGGUUAAUGCUGACCGGAGUUAAUCUUGCUGGAGCACUUGGGGUAAAGUUUGUUGGAAUUUUUGUGAUCCUUCUGGUUGGAAUUAACACUGCCUGUGAUCUCUGGCAGCUUCUGGGAGCUGUCCACGUUUCUCUGGUUGAAUUUGGGAAACACUUGCUAGCAAGAGUUUUGUGUCUCAUCUUCCUUCCUCUUGUUUUCUACACAGCAUUGUUUGGAAUUCACUUCUUAAUCUUAAACAAAAGUGGUCCCGGUGACGGAUUUUUCAGCUCUGCAUUUCAGUCUCGUCUGAUUGGUAACAAUUUGCACAAUGCAUCAAUGCCAGAGCAUAUUGCUUAUGGAUCAGUGAUUACAAUAAAGAAUGUACGGACUGCAGGUGGGUACCUGCAUUCCCACUGGCAUCUGUAUCCAGAAGGUGUUGGAGCACGACAGCAGCAGGUGACAGCCUAUUUACACAAAGACAACAACAACCUUUGGAUUGUCAGGAAACCUGAACACACCUCAGAUACAGAUGACAUUGCUCAACAUGUUCGUCAUGGUGAUGUCUUCAAGCUUGAGCACAAAGAGACAUCUCGGAAUAUGCACAGUCAUCAUCAUGAGGCACCACUGACAAAGAAACAUUACCAGGUCACAGGAUAUGGAAUAAAUGGAACUGGAGAUUCAAAUGACUUCUGGAGAAUUGAGGUGGUUGGGGGACAGAAUGGGGACCUGAUUAAAGUUCUAAGAAGUAAAAUUCGAUUAAUCCAUGUGGCAACUGGCUGUGUCUUGUAUUCCUCUGGGAAAACCUUGCCCAAGUGGGGCUGGGAACAGGUUGAAGUCACCUGCAGUCCAUACCUAAAAGAAACCCCGAACUCAUUGUGGAACAUUGAGGACCAUGUUAAUGCUAAAUUGCCCAAUAUCAGCCUUGAGGUCCUGAAACCGUCAUUCCCAGAGAUCCUACUUGAAUCGCAUGUCGUCAUGAUCCGGGGUAAUAGUGGGUUAAAACCAAAAGACAAUGAACUCACUUCAAAACCCUGGCAUUGGCCAAUCAAUUAUCAGGGCCUUCGUUUCUCUGGGACAAACGAGACUGAAUAUAGAGUUUAUUUAUUGGGAAACCCUGUAAUUUGGUGGCUAAAUCUGACCAGCCUCAUUCUCUACUUGAUUCUCUCGAGCAUUACAGCCAUCUGCUUGCAGCGAGGAUAUCGGCCAGGUCAGCGUGUCCAAGAGCGUGCUGAUGUUGUUCAGAAUGGAGCCAGGCAGGUUCUGCUGGGCUGGUUGCUCCAUUAUUUACCAUUCUACCUGAUGGGCCGGAUCCUGUAUUAUCAUCAUUACUUCCCCGCAAUGCUUUUCAGCAGCAUGUUAACAGCAAUCACAUGGCAUGUUCUGCUGCAAAGUUUUGACCUCCUCUUAAGCCAGGAUGCAGCUCGGAGAGUUUACAAAGUUGGAAUGAUGUUCUUGGUUCUUGUCUGCGUGUACAGUUUCUACUUGUUCCACCCCCUCUCCUAUGGGAUGAUCGGCCCACUUGCACAGGAUCCUCACAGUCCAAUGGCAGGAUUGAAAUGGCUGGAAUCCUGGGAGUUCUAACUGUUACCAGAGAUCAGAAAUGGAAAAUGGCAGCUAUUGUUUGUCACUGGCAUAAGAUUGGAUCAAAGAUUUCAAUCAACAGAGGACAAGACUCCUGCCUUUGCCUUAAGCUUUUAAUAAGCUCUUUUGUAGCCUUCAAAAUAAGUGAUGCACUUACUGUUGUCAACUUGGAACUGAUGUGUGUAGUAUUCAAUUAAUAAAGCAGAUGCUUUAUUCAGAA